UCGUUUCGGACAUUGUAACAGCGUGUAGUGAGGGUUAUUAUUUUUUUUUUUGUAUGGCAUGAAGAGGUGCUAUUACUUAUCAGUGCAAUUUUUGUGACUUUUACUCUAGUGAGAACGCGAGGAGUUGAUAAUCUAAGGAUAACUAGUGCUAGUGAUAAUAAGUAAACUUACUGAUAAUAACAACCACUCACCACCAAGCUUCAUCAUGAUCAAGACUUCUAUUCAACGACCAAUCGCCUCUUUGGUCUUUUUCGCAGUUAUUGUUAUCAAUGGAAUUGUCUGCGAAACACCCCUUACCGAUUCAGCGUCCCUACCGUUGGAACAUCGUGGAGUGUAUGGACCACCGCUUUCCGGGCCUGGUUACGCACCUCCAAAUCUUCUUCAAAACGUCGGGGGUGGCGAUGGUGGUCCUGACGACCCUUGGCCCUUGGCUAACCGAGAUAUGCCUCAAAUUAAACAUCUCCAAGUUCAAUGCGAAAAGACUCACAUGAGAGUCAACAUCGAAUUCGAUAGACCAUUCUAUGGAAUGAUAUUUUCUAAAGGAUUCUACAGUGAUUCCCAUUGUGUUCAUCUGAAACCUGGAACCGGACAUCUCAGUGCUACCUUCGAAAUAUUCCUGAAUAGUUGUGGCAUGUCAUCUUCAGCAAAUCACAACGCCGCAAGUUAUGGUGGGCCGACUCCUAGUGGAAGUUAUGUGGAAAAUACGAUUAUAAUACAGUACGACCCUUAUGUUCAAGAAGUUUGGGAUCAAGCCCGAAAAUUGAGGUGCACCUGGUACGACUAUUAUGAGAAAGCAGUUACUUUCCGACCCUUCCAAGUAGACAUGCUGCACGCUGUUACAGCUAAUUUCUUAGGAGAUAAUCUUCAAUGCUGGAUGCAAAUACAAGUAGGGAAAGGGCCGUGGGCAUCCGAAGUAUCGGGAAUUGUGAAAAUCGGUCAAACCAUGACCAUGGUUUUAGCUAUCAAAGAUGACGAAAAUAAAUUCGACAUGUUGGUUCGCAAUUGUGUUGCUCAUGAUGGUAAACGAGCACCCAUCCAACUGGUUGACCAAUACGGUUGUGUCGUAAGACCAAAGAUCAUGAGCAAAUUCCAGAAAAUUAAAAACUUCGGACCAUCAGCUUCUGUAGUGUCGUUCGCAUAUUUCCAAGCCUUCAAAUUCCCCGAUUCCAUGAAUGUUCACUUCCAGUGUGUUAUCCAAGUGUGUCGUUACAAUUGUCCUGAACCAAAAUGUGCAGGCCACGGUCUCGGAUUAUUAGGAGACUAUGGAGCUCCUGCACUAGGAAACGCUUUAGGAGCAGGCGAUUUCGGGGGUCACGGAGACUAUGGACCGCCACAACUUCCAGAAUACGGCGUUCCACCAGCAUAUCCUGACCCUCGUCAUCCUUCUGGACCUGCUGGAGCAUAUUCUGAAACCAAGGAGAACAUCGUUCCAGCACCGCAAGCUCAAACUGCAUCAUCCUCUACUUCGGACCCCUCGAGUCCUUCUUCCCCAGCACCUCAAACGCCAUCUCAAUCCAGCAACGAUAUUCAUUUGCCCCCUCCACCUCCUCCAGGACACCAUGGACCAUACAGCACGAUGAAGAGGAAAAAUGGAAUUGCUGACGAAUUAGAAGGAAACUUAGCAACCCUCGGAGGUCGGCCCAGAUCUGUUGGAAAUCUACCAGAAGGUUUACAAGGGGCCAGAAGGAAGAGAAGUCCUGAAGUAAUGACUAUUGUCGUCAGUCACGUAUACAAGAGAGAAGCAGGACAAGAAAUGACUGACGUGAAUACAAGCAGGACGAUUCAAGUAGUCGCACCAGGAGACGUAAACUUUGCUUUGAAUGCCGCUUCAAGUAACGAAACCGUUGUGAUCCAAUCGGCAUCUUCGGCGGAUCCAGAAACAAUUUGUAUGUCAGUUCCUAGCUUCGUAGCCGGUCUGGUUAUGCUGUUGUUAGUCCUGAUAGUGGCUAGUUUAGUGGCAGCUUUCUUAUUUGUUCGAGUACGCGCCAUCGAUAGGAAGGGCGUCGCAUCGGCAUUUGUUGGUGCCCAUCAUGGAUACGACAAUUCGGAAUUUGUUAAAGUUGCUAAUUCGUAAUCGCCAGUUUUUGAAACCUUCUUAUCCAAAGAUUUAGGACUCUUAUGAGCCUAGAGAAAUUUUCUUUAUAUUCGUUCCACUCCCCUUAAUUUAUUAACUAACCAUUCAAGAACAUAAUCAGUGAUUGCUACAUAACUAACAUUUAUUUAUUUAUAAAAACAAACUUAUUUAUUUUAUUUAAAUACGUACACUACUUGUGAAAUGGCAGAGAAGCUGCGUUGUUAAGAGAAGAAAACAAUCAUGUAAAUUGGUAGAUUUUUAUUUUUUUUUUAAUUUUGUUAUUAUUAACGAUACGUUGGAUUGGAGCGCUUCCUGCCGCUCUACCAUCUACUUAGAAAGAGAAAAAACUACCACCCAACGCAGGAACUAGUCUGUAACUAAUAUUUAGUUCACUUGUAUAUAAGUGUUUGAGAUAACUGAAUAAAUUAUAAUGAAUUUCUUUCUUUAUUUACACGAAACACUGUUUAUGAAACACAAUUAAUGUUACAGUUAUAAAUUAGUACAAACGUACGAGCACGUCCUAAAAGUAUCCCAUCUAAUUAACACAUGGAUAUUUAUACUGCUGAUAAUCACGCUGCUCUGUUUGUGGACUACUUUACAGCAGAAUCUUUUUUUUUUUUUUGAGUCUCAACCAGGUCGGUUAUUUGUUUGGAACAUGUCGACAUUUCGUUCUGAUUAAAAGAAAUCCUUGGGGAACUAUCGACAUCGGUAAUUUCCAAAUUCUACGAAUAACAACCUAAAUACGUAUUUACUUAUAAAAAAGUCAAUCACUUCUUACAAAAAUUGGAGAAAAUGACUUAUCAGUAAGAAAAACAUGUUGGAAAAAUUAGCCUGGAACUAUUUAACAAUAAACAAUCAAAAAUCGAUCAUCUGAAGACACUAGUUGUAAUAAAAUUGCAGUAUUGUUACCUUUA